AUUCUAUUUCUUCUUUCCGUAUUUUAUUUGAUUUUCCUGUUUCUAUUUUUUUGUUACUUCUGAGUGUUUCUUGAUGUUGAAUCUUGGUACAGAGGAUGCGAAUUAUUAUGUUUUUUUGCUUUUUUUUAAAUCAUUGUUCGUUUUGUUUUGGGGCUUUUUUUUGUUUGGGUUUUCUUGAAAUAAUUUGUGGGUGUUGGCUGUUAGUCCAUGAACAUGGCUCUGAGAUUUGAAGUUAAGAGGAAUAAUUGGAUAGAAAUUAGGGUACCAUAGAUUAGUUUUCAUUGUUAUGGUUAGCAAGAUUCAGAUAAUAGUAGAUGUUAUCUUAAUAGCAAGAUUCAGAAUCAACGUCUACAUUUUCAUUUGAUAGAAUUUUGGUAUGAAUUAUUUUGUACAUCUGUUAUUGCUUGCCCUAUCAAGAACUGUUCAAAAUAUGCAAGAUGUGUAGUUGAAAAUCCGAUUGAACUAAUGUUUUGAAUGUGCUGAUAUGGUAGAAAAAAGUAGAGAUAAUAAUUUUAGGAUUCACUUCUUUAGAUCCCUCUUCUGUUAAUUCAAAGAUGGAUUAUGUUUGAAUUCUAUGGUGGCAAGGAUGGUUCUUCAUGUUCUAUUCAUAUGUUUGGAAACUUAAAAUAAGAAAUCGAAUCCAGGUUUAGCUAUUUGAUAAGAAGAUUGCCAAACUUUUUGUUCGCUUCCUGCAUCUUAUGAGGUUCUCCAAAUAGUGAAGAUGAGGACUCUGAUGCAGUGAAAUGGCAUGUAUCGAUUGGGCAGCAAGUUUCUUGAAUGUCGUUUAUACUUUUGAGUGUAUGAAGAAUCAUAGCAUCGCUCCGCUCGUAUUAUAAAUAGUUUGCCUCUGGAUAGAGGCGUAUAUGCUCCAAAGGGUAUGCAAAAAAUGGGAACUUUGGCCCUCGAAACCAAUGGAGAUGUGUGCUCUAAUGAUUAUGUAGUGUUGGGGCUGAAGGACUUCAGAAAAGAGAGCAUAGAAAAGCCCCAGAUUCUCUCACUUUUAUCGACAUUGCUAGAGAGGUCCGUGCUGAAAAAUGAAAGGAGACUAGAAACCUUACAAACCAAAGACUUCAUCACAAUAUUCCACGGUUUAAGAGCGCCUUCUCUUAGCAUUCAACAAUACAUAGAUCGGAUUUUUAAGUAUUCGUGCUGCAGCUCUUCAUGCUUUGUUGUGGCGUACAUAUACAUGGAUAGAUUCAUCGAGCAAACAAAAUCAUUGCUUACUUCCCUGAAUAUUCACCGGCUCACAAUCACCAGUGUAAUGCUUGCUGCAAAAUUCAUGGAUGACGCAUUCUACAAUAAUGCAUAUUAUGCUCGAGUGGGAGGCGUGAGCACAAUGGAGAUUAACAAAUUGGAGAUGAAGUUCUUGUUUUCUCUAGAUUUCCGGCUUCAUGUCAAUGUGCAGACGUUUGGUAAAUAUUGUUCCAUCCUCAAAAGAGAAGCAAAAGGCGCCCUCGUUGAGCGCCCCAUCCAGUCAUGCGGGGUUGAAGAGAGCUGGACUAACAAGGACGACUCCACCUGUACUCGACCAGUUGCUAGAUGAUCUGCCAACAAAGUGCUGCUAUCCAACCAUAUACCACGUGAAACAUGAAGAAUCACGAGAUUUUCAUAUCUUAGGAGGGCCAAAAUCCAGUGGUUAAGUAUGUAAGUCAUAUGUGUGCAAAACUUUUUACUUGCAUUUCAUGUUUUGUGAAAAUAUGUAGAGUUGUUUUCGACAUUUCACCUCUCCCACUUGAUAGCCAAUAUAUUGAUCUUGUUAGUAUGAA